AUGAAUCGAGGCGGAUUUGGUCGAGGCGGUCGAGGUGCGGACCGAGGAGGACGUGGUGGUGGAAGGGGCGGGGGCCGCGGUGGGUUUCAGCGCCAGGAUAUGGGUCCCCCGGAGACUGUGUUAGAGCUGGGAUCGUUUGUUCACGCAGUUGAAGAUGAAAUGCUUUGCUCUUCGCUGAUACCUGACAAAGUUCCUCAUUUCAAUGCCCCAAUCUAUCUGCAAAACAAGUCCCAAAUUGGCAAAAUCGACGAAAUUCUGGGACCAGUGAAUGAGGUAUAUUUCUCGGUCAAGAUGGAGCCCGGAAUGGUAGCCGCAAGCUUCAAAAAGGGAGACAAGGUAUAUGUAUCCGACCAAAAGCUACUCCCCAUCGAACGGUUCCUCCCCAAACCCAAGAUUAUUGGUGGAAAAGGUACGCAAUUUUUGAAAAGCGAGGUAGGGGAGGAGCAAGAGGUGGUGCCCGCGGCGGACGUGGUGCUCCUGGUGGACGAGGCUUCUCUCGCGGAGGUGGACGCGGGGGACCAGGAGGACGAGGAGGCUCUCGCGGAGGCCCACCACGCGGGCGGGGCGGCUUUGGAGGUGGAUUUGGGGGAGGCUUUGGAGGUGGUCGCGGCGGAGGACGGGGGCGUGGCCGUGGGCAAUAAAUCAAUGAUGUUUUGGUUUGAUCUGAUCAAUACAAAAUAUUUGGUAUCGUCACGCCUGAACCGGUUCACUCUGUCCACAAUGCCACCUGCAUCCCGCACCUCUGAUCCAGGUCCUUCCUACCGCUAUCGGAGCAAUACAACUCCUUACAGCCGGCCUUACGCACAAGAAUGCGCGAAACUUCGAAUAAAAUCUCUGCAUCGAAUGCAACGCAGGGUCAUCGACGAUAUUGUUAAUAACCCGGCAAAAGACCAAUUUAUCAUUGCCGCCACUGGAUCCGGCAAGACAUUGUUGUACGAGCUCCCGGGUAUACUCCCAUUAUCUGAGGGGAAAACGACAAUAGUUUUCAUUCCUCGAGUCUCAAUCAUCACAGUGGAGCACAAACGUCUGUCAGAUUGUGGGAUAAGUGUCGAGCAAGCCGAUAACCAACAGGAGCGCGAGCAGCAAGCCCAGCAAAGCGAUAGAUUGUUCCAGGCAAUAAACAAUACCGAGCUACUUCCUAGGUUUAUCCUAGCUACGCCUCAUCAGUUACAGUAUCCGGACAGCAUUUUCGGCAAAAUUCUGAAUGGACUAUGCGAACGGGGGCUAGUACAGCGUUUUGUCUUUGAUGAGGUCCAUAUGUUGCUAGACGACCACAAUAUCCUCUCACAACUUCCGAUCCUUCGACAGAAAUACCCUGGUGUCCCAGCCACCGUACUCUCCGCAUCGAUCUCGCCCACAACGGCCGAUACAUUAUGCCAUAUUCUGUCCAUGAAUGGCGAAUACAAGACAUUCCCGCUUGAUCGACCAAACCUGUACUACCAGAUCCUUCCAAAGCUCUCUCCAGGUGAAAACGAUAAACUUGGUGUCCCCGCAAACUCCAAAGAGCGAUCCCAGAUGUCGCCUAUUCUCCAUUUAGCACGGAACGUAGCUUCUGAAAAAGAAGGUAUAGCGGCAGAAGCAUAUGAUGCCGAAUCAAAUCGUUCUGCGACAGGUCGCGAAAUAUUUCGAAAGUGGCAGGAGAAUGACCCGAGUGUUAGGAUUCUAAUCUCUACGAAUGCGCUCAGUAGUGGAGUACACAAAUCCAACGUUCGUUUUGUUGUACACACAAGUUUUCCCACUUCUGGAAUUGAUGGCUAUAUGCAAGAGACUGGCCGCGCAGGACGAGAUGGGGAACCAGCUACAUGUCUAUUAUUAUAUGCAUUCGGCGAUGCAUUCCAAGUUUCACAUCCAACACAAUUCCGAAGCAAUUGUAUACUGGCGCUCUUGUGGCUUAUCAAUUCGACCAACUGCCGACGCCGGGCUUUGCUAUCGUACUACAACGACAACCACUUCAAUUACGAAGCCCCGAACCAUCGGUGCUGCGAUGUUUGUGACGGGAUGGUUAGCAACCGCCCUUCCCUCGAGGUCACUUCUCUCGCGGGGCGAGUAUUGGAGUACAUUCAAGACGGUCUUAAAGAGAAACACGGUCUGCUCGGCAGGAUAGUGCUAGCUAAGAAACUUAACGAUGUCUUUAAUAACGGAGAAAAGAACCGACUUGUGAAAUGUGGGACAAGUUGA